GCUGAUGAAACAGACAAUUUAUCAAUUUAUGAAAUUAAUACAAGUACUGGAAACUCCAGACAAGGAGGUAAAUCUAGAGAUCCAGUAUGGAAUUAUUUUAAUGCAAUAGAAAUUCCACAUGACUCUCACCUGUCAGCACAAUGUAAAUUUUGCUUUAAGUCGUGGAAACGUGGUAAACCUUCUGAAUUGAAAGGGCAUUUGGCUCUGAAAUGCCCAUUGGCUAGUAAAGAAGUAAAAUUAAAAUAUUUAAGAUCAAUUAAAUCAGAUGAUAAUACAGGCCCUACAAAUAAAAGGCAAAGUGGAAAUAUUGGAAAUAAUAUGGAUCUUCAUUCUUAUUUUGACAGUGAUAGAAUAGAUGCACCAAAAAUUUCAAGAGCAAAUCAGGCAAUGGUUCGUUUUUUUGUAUGUUGUGGGAUCCCUUUUAGUGUUGCAGAUUCACCUUUCUUCCGUGAUUUUACAAAAACUUUAUGCAAUGGCUAUGAACCUCCAAAACGUACCACCUUGUCUAAUCAUCUGUUAGAUUCUGAGAUUGCCAACAUAACCUUAAAGAUAGAAAAAGAGGUGCGGGAUUCCAAAAAUUUAACUUUAGGUAUUGAUUCUUGGACAAGUCCUCUUGGUCAAAGUAUAUAUGCUUUUGUAAUUAUUACUCCAGCUCGUCGCCAAUUUAUAUACUCAAUUAAUGAUUUUUCAAGUGACAGGCAUACAGCUCAAUUCAACGAAGAACAAUUGUUAAGAAUAAUUGAUAAUAUUGGAAAAGAAAAAAUUGCUGCAAUUGUUUCUGAUGCUGAAUCAGCAAUGAUGGCAGCAAAAAGAAGGAUUGUAUCUAAUUAUAAACAUAUUUUGCCAGUAAGAUGUAUUGCUCAUCAUAUCAAUCUUGUUACAAAAGAUAUUACAUCAUUAGAUUGGGCUAAAAAAACUUUAAAAAAAU